AUGAACUUACAGGUUGCACCUGAUGCGGUAAUGUGCAAGGCAUUCUCCCAAACCCUCACAAACGCAGCUAGAGAUUGGUUUUCCACAUUGGAACCGAACUCUAUCGUCUCCUUCUCAGAUUUGGCCAAUAAGUUCUCCGCUUUCUUUGCGAGCAGCAAGCGAAUCAGAAAGACAGCUGCAUCACUCAUGCAAAUGCGUCAAGGACCCAAUGAAACACUGCGCAGUUUCAUGACCAGGUUCAAUAAAGAAAGGCUUCAGAUCCCCGAUCUACAUAUUACUGCUGCAGUCUCGGCCCUGACAUACGCUAUUAAGUGCGAAGCAUUCAAGAUGUCCUUGUCUAAGACCUCAUCGAAGUCAGUCACCAAGCUACUCACACGAGCUGAGAAGUACAUCAAUAUGGAGGAAACCAUGGCCCCAAAAAGAGAAGUUUCCUCAUCAGGAAGGUUAGAUCAAAAAAAGCCGCAUGAGUCUAGCUUGAGACAAGAUACACCUAGGGUCAAGCCAAGGAAGGACCCACCCUCAACAUUGGAGUCUCCCCCCGAUACUCGUGACAAGAAUAAGUACUGUGAUUUCCAUAGAGAUCACGGGCAUACAACGGAAGACUGUUUGGCCUUAAAGCGGGAAAUUGAAGCUCUUAUAAAAAGGAGAUUUCUGAGCUCUUACAUUAGCAAUGACAAGCGCCCGAGGAAUAAUCAAAAUGGAGGCAAAGGCCCAGAGGGUCGGGAAAACAAGCAACCAACUACAGGUACUAUCAAUAUUAUUGUCGGAGGAACAGCCUCAGGAGGAGAUUCUAGCAGCGGGCGUAAACAGUAUGCCAUGCAGCCUCCAAUCAUCUCAAGACUAGAUUUUGGCCAUACAGAGGACAUCACUUUUGGAACGGAGGACUUGGAAGGCAUAGCAUUCUCUUAUGAUGAUGCUCUGGUCAUAUCGGCCAUCAUCGCCAACUUUGAAGUCAAGAGAGUUCUGGUAGAUAACGAAAAGUGCAGUAAACGUACUAUCUCAUGA